AUGGGAAACGUGGAGAGCCAGAACGGUGAGCUGUUCCGGGAUGCCUCAGGCCACAUUUCCCGCAAACACACGUCCCGCUCCCUUCGUCUCGGCGCCAAACAACCGACCAUCACUCGCCGAUCCAGACUCUCCUCCUCCGUCAAACAGGAACACCGCAACUCCGAGGCCUCGACGCGCUCCUCCAGCACGCCCAGCAUCCCACAAUCCUUAGCGGAGAAUGGAAUCGACCCCUUCGACGCUCCAGAUGGAUUUGGAGACUUCGGAAUCAACCCUCAUUGGACGCAGCGUAUGGCCAUGACGCUGAGGCCAGAGUCUUCGUUUCAACACGAUGACGAUAAUCUCGCGACACCCACUCCAGAGACGUCGGAAGCCGAUACGGUCGCAGCAGAAGGAGGAGAAGAUUCGAUGGGAGAGGACGGAGCGGACGAGAGGUACAUGCUGAGGAUGAGUGACGGCGUGCAGGACGGCAGCAGCUUUAAGAAGAAGCGGUCAAAGUCAGCGGACAUGUGGAGGGAGGACAGUCUGGAGUUUUCUCUCUCCGACUUGAGCCAUCUGACCAGUACUGAGGAGAUCAUCGACGCAGGGGAGGAAGAGGAGGAGUUCACUCAUCCCAGAGGGAGCUCAGGAUCGACGGAAAGGGCAUCGUCUUUGGACCAUCUGUGCGGCCAGCAGAGUCCAGGCCUCAGGGGGCCGAGGAAACGCUUCACCAAAAACCGCAGCGAGCCAUACUGUGACGGUGAUGAAGAGGAGGGGGAGGAGGGGCUCAUGUCUCCCACAGACGACUACGGGGCCUUUACGCUGCCCUGCCGGAGGUCCCACUGCCUGUCAGAGGGCCUCUCGGGGCUCGGGAUGCCUGCACCGCCCUGUCCUGCUUUUCAAGGCCGGAGAGCACAGACCACGCAGGACAUCUCCGGCGUCCUCGGUGAAGGCAGCGAAUAUGGCGACAGUGGGAUCGAUGGCGUUGCCGCGGAGAUGGACGGAGAGGCGGAGCUCCUGUCUCGGCGCUGUAAGGCCAUGUCCACCUCCUUCUCCGUGUACUCGGCCGCCGACAGCUGCAUCUUCAACGGCAGCGACAGCGGCAGCAGCAGCGCGGGGGGAGGCGAGGGGAGGGGGGGCGAGGGGGGGAGAGGAGGCGUCUACGAGAACUACCGCAAAGAGCUGGACAAUCAAGCAUGGACUCAUUUGGGCAAAGACGGCACGGAGGAGGGGGGCUCGGCGGUGAGCGAUGAGCAGAGCAGUGGGACCCUCAGCAGCGCGUUCCCCUCAGACCCUGCGGUGGGCGCGGCUCAAGGCACCGUCCGGAAGGCUGGAACGCUGUCGGUCAAGAACUUUCUGGUGCAUAAGAAGAACAAAAAGGUGGAGACGGCCACGCGGCGCAAAUGGAAGCGCUAUUGGGUUUCAUUGAGAGGUGGCACACUGUACCUUUAUGAUACGGACGGUCGAUCUGGGAUUGAUCACAACAGCACUCCCAAACACGCUCUGUGGGUGGAGAACAGCAUCGUGCAGGCUGUGCCCGAGCAUCCCAAGAAGGACUUUGUCUUCUGCCUCAGUAACUCCAUUGGAGACGCAUUCCUCUUCCAGACUUCCAGUCAGACUGAACUGGAAAACUGGAUCACUGCGAUCCACUCGGCCUGUGCCACGGCUCUGGCCCGACAGCAUCACAGAGAGGACACGGUGCGGCUGCUGCGAACAGAGAUCCGCAAACUGGAACAGAAGAUCGACAUGGACGAGAAGAUGAAGAAGAUGGGAGACAUGCAGCUGUCCACCGUCACCGACACCAAGAAGAGGAAGACCAUUCUGGAGCAGAUCUUCCUGUGGGAACAAAACCUGGAGCGCUUUCACAUGGAUCUGUUCCGUUGCCGUUGCUACCUGGCCAGUCUGCAGGGGAGUGAGCCCCCCAAUCCCAAACGCCUGCUGGGCUGUGCCUCACGGCCCUCCAAACUGGCUAUGGGACGACUGGGCAUCUUCUCUGUCUCUUCUUUUCAUGCUCUGGUGUCAGCGCGCACAGAAUGCAGUAACAGACGGAAAACCCAAGCCGCCAUGCCACGCACCUUCAGCAAACGCAGAAGUCGCUUUUCCUCCCUGUGGGGCCUGGACACCGCCUCCAAACGGAAGAGCAAGGCGCACCCCUCCAUCAACCAGGUGUUUGUCGACGGAGUGGAGCCAGUGCGAAAACCUCUGGAACGGAUGUUUGAAGAUUCUGUUAGUGAAAAAUCUAAGGAGACAGAAGGCUCUGUGAAAAGUCUUCCACCGCAGAACAUGGACGCUGACAUCUGGGUGCCCGAUUAUGUGGCUCCAUCCUGGGUGUGUUUGCCCAAUGAUCAGCCCGUUCUGGCCGUCGUCCGACCCGGAGAAACUGCACUGGAGGUUCUCAGUGCGGUGUGCAAGACGCACACGCUCGAAACGUCCAGCCACUACCUUCGAUUAAAAGUCUGGGUUGAUCACCAAAUGCUGAUCUACGUGCCGAAAGUUGAAGAAGACAUUUCAGAUGUGCUCUACAAAGAGAUUGAGAUCAGUCCAAAAGCUACGAAGGUGGUCCGCUUCGAUAAAUAUGAGACUUGCACUGCAGGAUGUGGUUUUUCUGUGGCAGUGAUUGAUGAGGACGGGACACAGCAGCUGCACAUUACUGAAGUCAAACCUGACGGUCUGGCAACGGCUAAAGGUAUUCGGGCGGGGGAUGAGAUCUUGUUCCUGAAUGGUAAAUCAGCUUCUGCUCUGGAUAUGGAGGACAUGAGGGGGGCCUUUGUGAACCAGGCAGUGACCCUGACCGUGAGUGUCCUGCCCCAGCUCGACUCCCGCACCGUCUGCCCUGCUCCACCGCGGCGCACCUACGGGGAACAAGACACGUCCACUGACAUCUUCUCCCAGAGCCAAGAGGACAUUCUGGAUGAAGUCUCUGGACUGACCGUGGAGAGCCUGAAUGACACCGAAGACUCGCCCCGACUGCAGAGCCCCUCAGAUCCCUCUGAUCCAGCCUCCAUAACAAUAGGAGCGAGGAGCUCGGAGCAGAUGACCGGUUUCUGCCGCAGUCUGCACGACAUAAACACAGCUGAAGCUUCAUCCUCGUCUUCAUCGUCUUCGUCCCUGUCUCCGAGUCCGGUGUCUGCCGCCCCGCUCACGCACGCCGACAAACUCCGCAAAGUCAUCAACGAGCUGGUGGACACGGAGAAAGCCUACGUCAAAGAUCUCAGGUGCCUCAUCGACUGCUACUUAAAACCUCUACAGAAAGGUGGCAUCCUAACACAAGAUGAGUUGGACGUCCUGUUCGGAAACCUCGGGGAGAUGGUGGAUUUCCAGGUGGAGUUUCUGCGCACUCUGGAGGACGGGAUACGACUGGUGCCUGAUUUGAACUGUCUGGAAAGAGUGGAGCAGUUUAAGAAAGUCCUGUUCUCUCUGGGAGGGUCUUUCUUGUACUAUGCUGAUCGCUUCAAGAUCUACAGUGCGUUCUGUGCCAGCCACACCAAGGUGCCCAAAGUCCUGGCCAAAGCAAAAACGGAUCCAGAUUUCAAGGCGUUCCUGGCUGAGAGAAACCCCCGACAGCAGCAUUCGUCCACUCUGGAGUCGUAUCUCAUCAAACCCAUCCAGAGGGUCCUGAAGUACCCCCUGCUGCUGAGGGAGCUGUACUGUCUGACCGACCCGGACAGCGAGGAGCACUACCACCUGGAUGUUGCAAUGAAAGCCAUGAACAAAGUGGCGAGUCACAUCAACGAAAUGCAGAAGCUCCACGAGGAGUACGGAGCGGUGUUCGAUCAGCUCAUCAGCGAACAGACGGCCAACAAGAAAGAGGUGCCUGACCUCUCGAUGGGGGAUCUGCUGCUGCACUCUAUUGUGAACUGGAUCAAUGCUCCGUCGUCUUUGGUCAAGAGCAAAAAGGACCCUGAGCUCGCUGCUUUCGUUUUCAAGACUGCUAUUGUAUUUGUGUACAAGGACUCAUCCAAGCACAGGAAGAAAAUUGGCACAUCUCACCGAGUCUCCGUCAGCGAGGACAAGGAUUCUUUCCGAUUCCGUCACAUGAUCUCAACAGACACUUUGCAAGUCCGUGUUCCUGCAAACUCCGAGGGCACAGCCACGUGUGAAAUUGUCCACACCAGGUCAGAAUCGGAAGGAAGACCAGAGACGACUUUUCAACUCUGCUGCCGAUCUCCAGAGAGUAAGAAGGACUUCCUGAAAGCGGUUCACUCCAUAAUCCGGGAAAAACAGCGGCGGCAGCUUCUCAAAACUGAGUCACUGCCUCUGAACCAGCAGUACGUUCCAUUUGGAGGAAAACGCCUCUGUGCCCUCAAAGGUGCCCGGCCUGCCAUGAACCGAGCAGUCUCUGCUCCAUCUCGACCUCUUGGCCACAGAAAGCUUGUGAGAAACCGCUUCACCAUCGACACGGACCUGAUUUUCCACGGCAACAACAACGGCCAAGAUCCCGACCCGUCCCUCUUGCUGCCCGCCUCAUCCUGCUCCACGCCAUCCCAGCAUGCACUCCUCCAGCCCCCCGCUCCUCAGGGGGAGGACACGGACCGAUGGGUGGAGGAGCAAUUCAACCUGGGGUCCUACGUCGCGCAAGGAGACGCCGCGAUCGCUCAAGUCAAAGAAACGGACAUUCUGAGCGACGACGACGAGUACUGCAAGUCUGUGAGGGCGGCGUCUGCGGAGCCCACGGAGCUGGAGGACAAAAUGGAUGAACUCGACAUCAAGAUGAAACUCAACGAGGCCGGACAACUGAACUCUUCAAACGCAGCCCCCGUGUUGAAGGUCGCGCCGUUGAAGCAGUGCGCUGUGGAAGAGGCCGCCAAUAUGGACCAUAAAAUAGUUUGGGUGAGGAGAGAUGACCGCUGUAACGGCGACGUCUUCUAA